GUCGGUCACCUCCAAUUCCCCUCUGACGCCAAGUUAUUCUGUCUUCCCAGCCUCAUAACUCGCUUAAUCACUGGAUCUUUUAGAUCUACUUGUUUCUCCAUUCUAUUGUACUUUCUUGUAUCCAUCGUUCACUGACUCCAAAAGCCUUGAUGUCCAGCCUCGAAACACAACGUGUCGAGCGUGACGAAUAAGCUGUAUACCUCUUAAGUUCUCCUUCCACUCUCGCUUUAAUCCAUUCAAUAUGGAAUCGUCUCCUCCCAGGGCCGCGUCUAGUGGUGCCGGCCCUGUGGCAGGCGUGAAGCGUCCGGCCUCACUGCUACCAGCCUUCGAGCCUUUGAGCUCAUCACCUUCUCUCCCACGACCGCAGAAACGAAUAGCACGAGACGAGAGCGAUUACCCAACUCCAGUGCCAACCUCUUCAACCCAUGUCCUGUCAUCGUCUCCUCCCCACCUACCACUGUCUCGACCCAAGCUGCAGCGUAGUGUUUUCUCUACGAGUUCCGAACGCGCCCCAUUGUCGACGGUUCCUUCUCUGAUGCUCCCAGAAUCUGGCGAGCCUCUGCUCAUGGGAAGAUCUAGCGCGUCUUGCCAUCAUCAGCUCUCGGCGAAUCGGUUGAUAUCGCGUGUGCACGUCAAGGCAACCUACAAGUCGGCCGGCAACCCUUUCGAUCGUGAUCGCGUCGAGAUCGUGUGCACCGGAUGGAAUGGCAUAAAGUUACAUUGUCAAGGGAAAACAUAUGAUCUGGCCAAAGGAAAGACCUUCUCGUCAGAUAUCAAAGACGCGGAUAUUAUGAUUGAUGUCCAUGAUGCUCGUGUUUUGGUGCAAUGGCCUCGAAUCGACCGCAAAGGUUCCUCGGUGGACUCUGACCCAGCCUGGGAAGAAAGUUCUCCUCAGCGUAAUCCUAAAUCGCGUCCAAAUGGCGCCGAAAGCCCCUUGAGAGAACCGAUACGCCUCACAUCACCUAUAUCCCCAUCACCCGCGCUUCGGUCUCGCAUCCCGCCAUCUUCACCAUUACCUAGUCCUAGUCGCCUUCAGAACACGAUUACUAUCUACGAAGACAGAGUCUCGUCUACGGACGAAGGUGAAGAAGAGAAACUAACUCGCGAAUCACAUACCUGUCCCUUCGAGGCGUCGAAUGCCGCCGGUCAACACCUCGCGUCCAGCGACUUAUCACAAUCCUACGAAGAAUUUUCUGAUCAUGACGAGGAAAACGAUCCUAUUGUUCACUCAUUUGGUCCCUUCGGCGAAAACCUCUUACCACGUAUGGCGUCUUUCCGUGCUGGAGAUUCACCAUCAGUAAUUUCUCGUGUAUCUCGCCUCCAACCUGAACCUCUUCGACCAGUGAACUCGCCCCCGCAGCCACUUGUAGCUCAGGCUAGGAUCAAGGAAACAAAUGAAGAAUUCAAGAUCGAUGAAAAAAGAGAAGCUGCAAUUGCAGCCAUCCAAAAUCACGCCGCCAAUCAACUUGCCUUUUCUCGUCUAUCGUCGACUCCUUUCUCUACCAUCCUUCAGAACUUGCCGGUAACUCUCUGGAAAGAUGAAACAACUUUGGUUGAGCGAUUUUCACGACGGGAAAUUAGAACCAUUCUCGAAGAUUCGAAAUGCAUUGGCGAAGUUGCACGCGAAGGGAAAGACGCAGCCGGAAAAGCCUUAGAGAGUGAAUUUUACUACAUCCCCGAUUUUGAUGAAGAUGAUAUGCGUCGACAGGCUGUUGUUAAUGAUCUCCGCAAACCUGGUCUACGGAAUUGCAGAAAACAGCACAAGCAAUACUACUGGCGGAAACCAAAGUAACGUGGACCUGCAUCUCUUUCAACUGUGAACGUUUGCCUUGCAUUUAUUGUCGCGUUCGUUGUUACUCGAUACCAAAAUCAUACAUUCUUGUGAAAUACUUUGACACCAGGUUUUUAUAUCCCAUAAUUUCGCAUAGCGCUGCGUGGGCAUGUCCAUGUUGUAUUUAUUGUUUUCGACCCGACCCUUGAUAUUGUCGGGGAUGCUCCAUAUAUCGGUGACAUGGCCUUGAAUAUGAUGAAUUUAGUAUGUUGUGCCUCAACUGUUAUUACGAAGGUUUACAGCCAUGUGUCUACGUACAAUGAUUGUGUUCAUUGCACGAUUUACUAUAUGAUGGAGAUUCCUUUGCCAUACACCUUCGUCUUGAUAGCUUUAUGCCCCUGUCCGCCUUCUUCUGUUUAAUGUCCUGUAUGACUAGUAUUGUUGUAGUCAAUAACAUUUUAUUUAAAAAA